CCGAGGCCGCCCCGCCAUGGCGCAGGUGCUUCCCAUCCGCCUUCAGGAGCACUUCCAGCUCCACAACUUGGGAAUUAAUCCAGCCAACAUUGGACUCAACACAUUAACAAUGGAAUCUGACAAAUUUAUAUGUGUUAGAGAGAAAGUUGGAGAAAAGGCACAGGUCGUGAUUAUUGACAUGAGCAACCCAAUGGCGCCAUUCAGACAGCCUAUCUCUGCAGAAAGUGCCAUCAUGAAUCCAGUCUCUAAGGUGAUAGCUCUGAAAGCUGGGAAGAUACUUCAAAUCAUUAAUAUUGAGAUGAAGAGUAAAGUGAAGGCAUAUACUAUGGCAGAAGAAGUGAUUUUCUGGAAAUGGGUCUCAGUGAAUACUGUUGCCCUGGUGACUGAGACAGCAGUCUACCACUGGAGUGUGGACGGUGACUCCCAACCUGUGAAGAUGUUUGAUAGACAUGCCAGUCUGGCAGGGUGUCAGAUAAUCCACUACAGGACUGACAAAUGCCAGAAGUGGCUACUUCUCAUUGGUAUCUCAGCUCAGCAAAAUCGUGUGGUGGGAGCAAUGCAGCUCUACUCUGUGGAUAGGAAGGUUUCACAACCCAUAGAAGGCCACGCUGCUGCUUUUGCAGAGUUCAAGAGCGAGGGGAAUGCCAAGUCUGCCACCCUUUUCUGUUUUGCUGUACGCAGUCCCAUAGGGGGCAAGUUACACAUAAUUGAAGUUGGACAGCCUGCAGCAGAAAACCAGCCUUUUGUAAAGAAAACUGUUGAUGUGUUUUUCCCUCCAGAGUCUCAGAAUGAUUUCCCAGUGUCUAUGCAGAUUGGAGUGAAACAUGGUGUUAUUUACUUGAUUACAAAGUAUGGCUAUCUUCAUAUGUAUGACCUGGAGUCUGGCACAUGCAUCUACAUGAACCGUAUUAGUGCUGACACUAUCUUUGUAACUGCUCCACACGAACCUACCUCUGGAAUUAUUGGAGUCAACAAAAAGGGACAGGUUCUGUCAGUUUGUGUUGAAGAAGAUAACAUUGUGAAUUAUAUAGCCAAUGUGCUUCAGAAUCCAGACCUUGGGCUGCGUUUGGCUAUUCGUAGUAAUCUUACUGGAGCAGAAGAGUUAUUUCUAAGAAAAUUCAGCAUCUUGUUUGCACAGGAGAGCUAUGCUGAAGCUGCCAGAUUAGCAGCAUCUGCACCGAAGGGAAUUCUUCGUACCAGUGAGACAGUUCGUAAGUUCCAGAGUAUACCCAUCCAACCUGGAGAGGCUUCUCCUUUGCUCCAGUACUUUGGAAUCCUGCUUGACCAGGGUCAGCUCAAUAAACUUGAAUCCUUAGAACUUUGCCGUCCAGUCCUUCAGCAGGGGCGCAAGCAACUCUUAGAAAAGUGGCUGAAAGAAGAUAAGCUGGAGUGUUCAGAAGAGCUUGGAGAUUUGGUCAAAACUAUUGACCCUACCCUGGCUCUGACUGUGUAUCUUCGCGCAGAUGUGCCAAGCAAAGUUACCCAUUGUUUUGCAGAAACAGGCCAAUUUCAGAAAAUUGUUCUCUAUGCCAAAAAGGUUGGCUAUACCCCAGACUGGAUCUUUUUGCUGAGGAGUGUGAUAAGGAUCAGCCCAGACCAAGGCUUGCAGUUUUCUCAAAUGCUGGUACAGGAUGAGGAACCAUUGACCAACAUUGACCAGAUUGUAGAUGUUUUCAUGGAGAACAGUUUGAUUCAGCAGUGUACUUCCUUCUUGUUGGAUGCUUUGAAGAAUAACCGUCCAGUUGAGGGAUGCCUCCAGACUCGUCUGCUGGAGAUGAACCUGAUUCAUGCACCUCAGGUUGCGGAUGCCAUCCUUGGAAAUCAGAUGUUUACUCAUUACGAUCGGGCCCAUAUUGCCCGUCUCUGUGAAAAGGCGGGCCUCCUGCAGCGAGCACUGGAGCACUACACUGACAUGUAUGACAUCAAGAGGGCUGUGGUCCACACUCACCUCCUUAGUCCCGAGUGGCUCGUGAAUUUCUUUGGCUCCUUAUCAGUGGAGGAUUCUCUGGCAUGCCUGCAUACUCUUCUUUCUGCCAGCAUCAGACAAAAUCUUCAGCUGUGCGUGCAGGUAGCCUCCAAGUACCAUGAGCAGCUGGGCACACAGUCCCUGGUGGAGCUCUUUGAAUCCUUCAAGAGUUACGAAGGUCUCUUCUACUUCCUGGGUUCAAUUGUGAACUUCAGCCAAGAUCCAGAUGUGCACUUGAAGUACAUUGAGGCUGCAUGUAGGAUCGGGCAGAUUAAGGAGGUAGAGAGGCUAUGUCGGGAGAGUAAUUGCUACAACCCGGAGCGGGUGAAGAACUUCUUGAAGGAGGCCAAGCUCACAGACCAACUUCCCCUCAUCAUCGUGUGUGAUAGGUUUGACUUUGUCCAUGACCUUGUUCUGUAUUUAUACCGCAAAAAUCUGCAGAAAUACAUCGAGAUCUACGUUCAGAAGGUUAACCCUAGCCGGAUCCCAGCUGUUGUUGGAGGACUGCUUGAUGUGGAUUGUUCUGAGGAAGUAAUUAAAAACUUGAUCAUGGAUGUGAAAGGACAGUUCUCUACUGAUGAGCUAGUGGCUGAAGUAGAAAAAAGAAACAGGCUAAAGCUGCUGCUCCCAUGGCUGGAGUCCCGUAGUCAUGAUGGCUGUGAAGAGCCUGCCACUCACAAUGCACUUGCUAAGAUCUACAUUGACAGCAACAGCAAACCCGAGCACUUCUUGAGAGAGAAUGCCCAUUACGACAGCCACGUGAUUGGCCACUACUGUGAGAAACGGGACCCGCAUCUGGCCUGUGUGGCCUAUGAGAGGGGGCAAUGUGACCUUGAGCUCAUCAAGGUUUGCAAUGAGAAUUCUCUGUUCAAAAGUGAGGCCCGCUACCUGGUGCAUAGGAAGGAUCCAGAGCUCUGGGCUUAUGUGCUUGAGGAGACCAGCCCAUUCAGGAGACAGCUGAUUGAUCAGGUUGUACAAACGGCAUUGCCAGAAACACAGGAUCCGGAAGAGAUUUCAGUCACUGUCAAAGCCUUCAUGACAGCUGAUCUACCAAAUGAGCUGAUUGAGCUGCUAGAGAAGAUUAUUCUGGAGAACUAUGUCUUCAGUGAGCACAGGAAUCUCCAGAAUCUGUUGAUCCUGACUGCCAUCAAGGCAGACCACACACGGGUAAUGGACUACAUCAGCCGCCUGGACAACUAUGACGCCCCAGACAUUGCAAGCAUUGCCAUCAGCAGUGCACUGUACGAGGAGGCCUUCGCCAUUUUCCACAAGUUUGAUAUGAACGUAUCAGCAAUCCAGGUCCUAAUUGAGCACAUUGGAAACCUAGACCGAGCCUUUGAGUUUUCAGAAAGAUGCAAUGAACCUGCUGUAUGGAGUCGGCUGGCCCGAGCCCAGCUCCAGGAAGACUUGGUAAAGGAAGCCAUUGACUCCUACCUCAAAGCUGAUGACCCUUCCUCUUACCUGGACAUCAUUCAGGCAGCCAGCAGGAGCAACCAUUGGGAGGAUCUGGUUAAAUUCCUUCAUAUGGCCAGGAAAAAGUACAAGGAUUCCUAUAUAGAGACUGAACUUAUUUUUGCCCUGGCUAAAACUCACCAUUUCUCUGAGCUAGAAGAUUGUAUUAAUGGGCCCAACACUGCCCACAUCCAGGAGGUUGGAGACCGCUGCUACCAGGAGGGGAUGUAUGAGGCUGCCAAGCUACUAUACAGCAGUAUUUCUAACUUUGCUUGCCUGGCUUCUACCCUGGUCCACCUCGGUGACUAUCAGGCAGCUGUGGACAGCAGCCAUAAGACAAACAACACACAAACCUGGAAGGAGGUAUGCUUUGCCUGUGUGGAUGGGCAGGAGUUCCACCUUGGACAACUGUGUGGUCUUCACGUUGUCAUUCACGCAGAUGAGCUGGAGGAACUGAUACACUAUUACCAGGACAAGGGCUACUUUGAGGAGCUGAUAUCCCUGCUGGAGGCAGCCCUGGGCAUGGAGCAGGCCCACAUGGGCAUGUUCACAGAGCUGGCCAUUCUCUACUCCAAAUUUAAGCCUCAGAAGAUGGCAGAGCACCUGGAGCUCUUCUGGUCUCGUGUCAACAUCCCCAAGGUACUAAGAGCUGCAGAACAAACACACCUCUGGGCAGAGCUGGUGUUUCUCUAUGACAAGUAUGAGGAGUAUGACAACGCUGUCCUCACCAUGAUCAAUCACCCUGCUGAAGCCUGGAGAGAAGGGCAGUUCAAAGACAUCAUUGUCAAAGUGGCCAAUGUGGAGCUCUGUUACAAAGCCCUGCAGUUCUAUUUGGAUUACAAACCUCUGCUCAUCAAUGACCUGCUGCUUGUGCUAACGCCCCGGCUGGACCAUACCCGGACUGUUGGCUUCUUUUCAAAGGUAGACCAGUUGCCCCUGGUAAAGCCUUACCUGCGGUCAGUCCAGAACCACAACAACAAGAAUGUGAACGAGGCACUCAACUACCUGCUGACAGAAGAGGAAGAUUAUCAGGGUUUGAGGGCCUCUAUUGAUGCCUACAACAACUUUGACAACGUUGCCCUGGCUCAGCAAUUGGAGAAGCACCAUCUGAUAGAGUUCAGACGCAUUGCUGCUUAUCUGUACAAGGGCAACAAGUGUUGGGCCCAGAGCGUGGAGCUCUGCAAGAAGGACCACCUCUACAAGGAUGCCAUGCAGCACGCUGCAGAGUCACAGGAUGCCACGCUAGUGGAGGAGCUGCUGCGUUGGUUCCUGAAGGAGGGCAAGCGGGAGUGCUUUGCGGCUUCUCUUGUCACCUGCUAUGACCUGCUUCCCCCAGAUGUGGUGCUGGAGCUGGCCUGGAAAUACAAUGUACUGGACCUGGCCAUGCCCUACUUCGUCCAGGUCAUGAAAGAGUACAUUAGCAAAGUGGACAGACUAGAUACCUUGGAGAGCCUGCGCCAUCAAGAGGAGCAUCCUACUCCUCUCCUGUUUGAUUUUGAUGGGCAUAAGUGAAACCCAGCUGGUUGAGCUAAGUUUGCAGUUGAUGCUGACGGCAGUCCUUGCUGCAAGCCCAGCCACCAGUGUACGGCUUCAGCAUGUGUAAUGAACCCUCAGCAGCCAUGUCCCCUCUGCCACAUUAUUAACCUCCCCCAAGGAGUGUCACCCCAGAAGCACACAGUACCCUAAUAGGAGGUGGGGACACUUGGACUUUAUUUUUGCUGCUGCUGAUGGCAGCUUAUGUGCCACCUCUGCGCCUGGGGAAGCCAAGGGUAGCCACUGAAUGCCUGGGAAUACCGGCUCCAGGAACCACCAGGGAAGUAGACUCCUGCCUCCAGGCCCUUUGGCUGAAGCCAGGCAUUCCUGGGGAGCUCUGCAGGGACUCCUCGGCUUUUAGGGGGUGUGGCGCCCUCUCUUCACUCCAUAUUGGCAGAGCUGCCCCCUCCAGGCCACUUUGCAACAUAACUGAACUAGCUCUGAGCUUCCUGCGGAUCCUGAAUAUUAAAGUCUGUUUAUCAAGGCAAAGCUUCCCUGCUUGGUGCUGGUGUGGGAAGGAGACAAAAGAUUUGCUGAGAUCUGUUUACGGGUUGGGGAUCUGUUUUAUUUGGGGAUACAGUUUUAUUUGGGUUUUUUUCUGACCACAUACAAUGCACAGUCUAAAUCCCUACGGGGAGUGGU